UGGCGUUCAAAGUAGAGGACGAGCGAAAGAUAAAGAGUACGAACCUCUGCCCAAAACCCUUAAAUUUGUCGACCACUUCUGCUACAUUUGUAAUAGGUUUGCUUUUCAGGACCUUAAACAUUAUCGUGCUUCUUCAUGCCCUUCAACUUCUUAAUCUCCAUUAUUCUGUCGUCAUUUAACCAGCAUCAUUUGACCUGAGGUCCGUUUUCUAGGGUUUCAACGGACGGGAAGCGCUUCUGGAUGACAAGAUCGCGUUUUUGGCUUUAUUCUAUUGGUCGCGUGAAAUCCAUUGAGUUGGGUUUUAUUUUAAAGAUUGUUCAUUCUAUUCAGUGAUUUUCAUCACUCGGGUAUUGUGUCGUUGAUCAAUUAGAGGCAUCGGUUAGCUGUUUUCUUUUACAGUUGGAGCUGUUAUGAACUGUUGGAGAUUAAUCUAGAAGUUGGUGAAUUCUAUUUUAGAUAUGAGAAAUCGGUCAAUGGUGUAUUGAAUUAUAAAGUAUUAGUUGGUUUCUAGAGGCUUUUGGAAUUAGUUUAGUUCUAAAACUAUAGAGAGAAAAUUUUACAGUGAAUGUUACCUUUGAGAAUGGACUAUGCACGAGAAACUGGAAGAGGAGUUGGGAUACCUAUAGUCCCAAUCCGAUUUGUAUGGCCUUAUGGUGGAAAGAACGUGUCCCUUUGCGGUUCAUUUACCGGGUGGUCGGGCCACUACCAGAUGAUUCCAGCUGAAGGGUGUCCGUCAGUGUUUCAGACAAUUUGCAACUUGGCUCCUGGUUAUCACGAGUAUAAAUUCUUUGUUGAUGGAGAAUGGCGCUAUGAUGAUCGGCAGCCUUAUGCUAGUGGGAACUAUGGGACAGUAAACACUCUCUUGUUGGCUAGGGAUUCUGAUUAUGUUACUACCAAUCAAAUGAAUUCUGGUUCUAGCAUGGAUGUGGAUAAUGAAGCCUUUCGGCGUUUGGUUAGGGUUACAGAUGGUUCAUUUCAUGACAAUAUUCCUAGGAUUUCAGAAGCUGAUUUAGAAUUCUCCCGCCUCCGAAUAUCUGAUUUCUUGUCUUCGCAUACCACUUAUGAAUUGCUUCCUGAGUCAGGCAAGGUGAUUGCUCUUGAUAUUGAUUUACCCGUUAAACAAGCCUUUCAUAUCCUGCAUGAACAGGGAAUUUCAGUGGCUCCUCUCUGGGAUGUUUAUAAAGGAAAGUUUGUUGGAGUUCUUAGUGCCUUGGAUUUUAUUUUGAUCACAAAAGAGCUUGGUAGGCAUGAAUCCAAUCUGUCUGAGGAGGAACUUGAGACAUACACUAUAUCUUCAUGGAAAGAAGCAAAAUCGUACUCAAACAGACAUGUUGAUGGCAGUGGAAGACCGUUAGAAAGGCAACUCAUUCAUGCUGGUCCGGAUGAGAAUUUGAAGAAUGUUGCCUUAAAGAUUAUGCGUAGUGGAGUAUCUACUGUCCCUAUUAUUCAUUCAUCCUCCGGAGAUGGCUCAAAUCCCCAACUAUUACAUCUUAGCUCACUUUCAGGAAUCCUAAAAUGUAUUUGUAGGUAUUUCAGACAUUCUUCUGCUUUAUUACCUAUACUCCAGUUACCAGUUGGUACAAUUCCUUUGGGCACUUGGGUUCCAAAAAUUGGAGAACAGUGUGGACGGCCAUUAGCUAUGUUGAGAGCAUCGGCUUCUCUUGGUUCUGCUUUAGAUUUGUUAGUUCAAGCUGGAGUUAGUUCCAUUCCAAUUGUUGACGACAAUGACUCAUUGUUGGACAUAUAUAGUCGAAGUGAUAUUACAGCUUUGGCAAAAGAAAAAGUGUAUACCCACAUUAAUCUCGAGGAGAUGACAGUUAAUCAAGCCUUGCAGCUGAGCCAAGAUUCAUCUUCACCUAGCUUCAGCAGUCAAAGAUGUCACAUGUGUUUGCGUUCUGAUCCACUUCAUCAUGUGAUGGAGCGGUUGGCAAAACCAGGCGUUCGAAGGCUUAUUGUUGUGGAGGCUGGAAGUAAACAUGUAGAAGGUAUCAUAACAUUGAGCGACGUAUUCAGAUUUAUACUUGCCUAGUUGGAGCAGCAACGGGUGUUGAAAACAUUGUUAUUGUUGUUGGUGUACCUUGUGAAGGAAGGAGAAGAAGAUGACGGCGUUUUCCCCCUCCUAUCGAGGAUGUGUUAUUAAAUAUUAAAUUUUCUUAUUUAUCAAUUGAAUUUUGCCUCCUGCUUUUUAGGCCUGAUCUGUUAGGCAGAAGAAAGAAGGGAAGAGGUGGAAGGUUGGGAUACUUUAACCCAUAUCUGUUUUUAUCUUUUUAACCCCCCUUCCCUCAUGUUUAAAUGUUCUGCAACCAUUUCAAUGCUACCACUGGUGGAAGUAAUUGGAGGUCAUUUCUGUACUUUUUAUAUUAUAAAUCUUCAGGUGAAAAUUGUCUCAAAGAAGCACAAAGUUUCAUUCAAUGAAAACAAGGGAAGACAUUCUUCUUUUGCAUGAUUUAUGUUUU